CCCCUCUUUUGGUAGGGAAUCCCAUAACCUGACUGUCCUUACAGUAAAGAACCCCUUCCUAUGCUGAUGGUGAGAUCUCCUUUCCUCCCCACCAAUGAAUCACUCAUUCCCCCUCUUUUGGUAGAGAAUCCCAUGACCUGACUGUCCUUACAGUAAGGAACCCCUUCCUAUGCUGAUGGUGAGAUCUCCUUUCCUCCCCACCAAUGAAUCACUCAUAGGGAAUCCCAUUUAUAGCUAACAUCAAGUCAAGUCAAGUGGAUUUUAUUGUCAUUUCAGCCAUACAGUAAUACAGUACAUAAUAGAAACAAAAUGACGUUCCUCCAGAACCCCUGGUGCUACACAUAAGACUACACAUAAGACUAUACUGGGUACAUCAAGUGUGCGUUUUUGGAAAAAGAGCAACUCUAGUACACAGUCACGCUGGGCAAGAUGACUAUUCCAGUUCCUUAUGAAUGUAUUUAGUUUAGUCCUUUGGAGUUGAGAUACCUGACGGCUUGUGGAAAUAGACUGUUGGCUGAUGGGCCUUCUUCACUAUAGAGCUGGUGUUUAGGGACCAGUAGAGGUUCUCUGUCAGAUGUACCCCAAGGAAUUUGGUGCUCUUCAUGAUUUCCACCGGAGAUCCGUCAAUGUACAGUGGAGAAUGAUCCCCACGUGUUCUCCUGAAGUCGACAACUAUUUCCUUUGUUUUGUUUGUAUUCAUAGACAGAUUGUUAACUUUGCACCAGUCCAUUAUCCAUUUCACCUCUUGUCUAUAUGCUCACUCGUUAUUCUUGCUGAUAAGACCUACUACGGUUGUAUUAUCAGUGAACUUGAUGAUGUGAUUGGACCCAUGACUUGCCACACAGUCAUGAGUCAGCAGUGUGAAGCCAUGGGUCCAAUCACAUCAUCAACUUUGCUUGAUGAUGUGAUUGGACCCUGUGUCCCUGGAUCACUUAGAAUCUGGGUUGGAAGCUCUGUUGACACAAAUUUGUAAGUAAAAAGGAAAAUACCAUAAUACCAUAAACACAAACUGUAAAUGCAGUUAGAUAUCUAUUUUUUUAGUAAAUAUUCUGUGUCUCUAAAAUAAAAUAUGUUGCCAUUCUAUAUAAUUGCAUAAAUAAUAUCUCUAUUCUGCCCCAGUAGUUCAUAUAAAGAAAAUAACGAUACAUUUACCCAAAGUCUUUCACCAGUCGCUUACUCACAAGAAAAUGUUCCUUUAUAAGAGAAUGAAUAUUUUGUGAUGGUUUUUGUGGAUGACUACUAUUAAUACUUAUGGUUAGCACUCGGCUAAGCCUUUUGGACUGCUGCUCCGUCUGUGUCCAUCUCCAACAAACCCUUCCACCAGGACAUGGAGCAGACACUCACCUGCCGAGCCUGGGGGUAUUACCCAGAAUCCAUUGUUGUCAGUUGGUUCAUGAACGGAACAUUUGUGCAGAAGUCUAAGACUCACAGAAUUAGUGGCUCUGAGGUGGAGUCAAGCUUUCAGUUUACUCCGAUGGUGGAGGACACAGGGAUGGAGCUGCUCUGUGUGGUGGAACAUGGAACCCUAAAGGAACCGAGUAGCCUCAGGCUGCUGGUGGAGUUCACAGAUCUGAGAGUGAACAUGAUGGUGAAGAUGAUGAUGGUCAUUUCAGCCGUUGUUUGUGUCCUCUUACUCUUUGCCACAUUGUAUCACAGGGAGCAGCAGAAACAUAAACUCAAGGUGAGAGACAUUAUCUGCUCAGAAAAAGGGGAAUUCAGCUUGGAAGUGGACAAUGUCUUCCCUGAACCUAUCAAUAUCACUUGGGAUGUUGCCCAACCAGCAAUGAGUCCAGACUAUAAAUCUCUACAGUCUUCUCUUCUCAUGAGUAGAAACCAGAAUGGCACCUUCCAUGUCACCAGCACCUGUGAGCACCUGAGGGACCAGAUCAACCCCAAGGAGUCAUUUUCUCUCCGGGCCACCGUAGCACACUUGCAACUGAAACAGUCAGUUUGUAAGGAAUGGAAUGGAACAGAAUUCAUGAAAUAUGCUGUGUUGAGGCCAGUGAUUGGAGAAAUAACCAAACCCAUUUUCUAUCCUAACAAGAAGGCCAUGAUACAGUUCCAGAUCUCUGAUUAUUUCCCUGAUGCUCUGACUGUGAGUUGGUAUAGGAAGGAGGCAGGGAAAGAGGAUUUGGUUCUGGUAACUAGAAGUGGGAGGUACAAGAUCCCAAAUAUUAUACCCCAAAAAGAGAAGGAUAAGACUCUCACCUGUACGGCAAAUUUAUCUUUUACUCCAUCACUGAGUGAGGAUGAAGGAGCAGAAUUUAUUUGCAGAGUGGAACAUCCUGGCCUGGAGGAGGCGAUAGAGAGUCGCACAGGGCUGAUACAUGUGUGGGCAAAACCCCAGGUCUUACAGCCCAUAAAACUCUCCAUUAGUGACUCCAAGGAGGUUCUCUGCUCCCUGUUUGUGCAGAACUUUUAUCCCAAGGAGAUUUCCAUCAUUUGGAGCUGUACAGAAAACAUAUACCAAAAGAUAAAACCGGGAGAGAGCUAUGGAGACAAUCCAGAUUCCACACACAAUGUGGUGAGCACAUAUACAAUACCUGGAGAUUGGUUAAAGAAGCCAGACUUUAACGUGAACGUGAUCUGGAAGCAUGUGUCUAUGGAAGACCCUGAAUCCAAAGAAAUGUCCCUCAAACACCCAGACUUCCCCUGGAGGCCAACCAUAGAAGAGAUAUCCCAGUUUAUCUGGAUCCAGGACCAGGAGACGGCUCUGCACUGUAAGAUUUCUCCCUACUUCCCUGAUGCUCUGACUGUGAGUUGGAUGGAGAAGAGAAAGGGAAGGAAUCCCCAACCCGUAUCUACGAAUGGGAAGUACAAAAUCUCAGCUAUGAAGCCAGAGAGAAGGAAUGAUAAUACUUAUAGCUACACAACCCAACUGUCUCUUCCAUCAUCCUCACGUAUAGAGGAAGAUCUGGAAUUCAUCUGUAGGGUGGAACAUCCCAGCCUGGAGCGGCCAAUAGAGAGAAGCACUGGGAACCCACAGUUUAAAGCGGCCCCCAAGCAGCCAAAUCCAGUGCAAUGGUCUUUGUCUGAUAAAGGGGGAGCUGUCUGUACCCUCAGUCUGCACAACUUUUAUCCCAAACCCAUAGAAGUCACAUGGAUCUUUCUGACUGGGUCACAAAAACAAGAAAGUCUCCUCUUAGAACCUCAGUACCAGCCCAAUGCUGACCAGACCUUUAAUGUUACAAGUUCAUGUUCAGUAGCUGAGAAUCUGCUCCAACUCCCAGACUGUAAGAUCCGAGUCACCUGGAACCACCCGGCCACGAAAACAUCUGAAUCCAGAGAGAUGAGCCCCACAGACCCAGAUUUCCCAUGGUGCCCCCAGGUGUCACUGAAGCCCAUAGGAACCCUUACACUGGGCAGAGAGGCGACACUACAGUGGGAUAUUUCUGACUAUUUCCCCAAUGCCCUGACACUGACCUGGCUACUAAGGAAGGUUGCCCAUGAAGAGCAAAUCCUGCCACAUGAUAAACACAAUUACAGGAUGGAGAAUAAACCAAGAAAGACCCCACGUGGGACAUAUAUCAGUACUGGGUAUCUGCACUUCAUCCCAUCAAUACUUUCCCACCAAGGGGCAGAAAUAGUCUGCAGAGUGGCACAUCCCAGCCUGGCACAGCCCAUAGACAUUGGCACCGGGGCCUUACACAUAACAGUGGCACCAGGAGACCCAGAGCCUGUGAGAUUGUCCAUCAGUGACUCAGGGAAGGAGAUUGUGUGCUCUCUCAUUGUCACAAGAUUCUACCCCAAAGAUAUUCAUAUAGACUGGACCAGAACCAAGUCCCACAAUCAUCACCAAAAGAUAAUUCCAUCCCACAAAGUGAUUCAGGUUAAUGAUGAUGAGACAUUUAAUGCUGUGAGUGAUGUCACAAUCCCAUCACAUGACUUCACUUUCCCACUGACAGUGACCUGGAACCAUAAAUCUACAGGACAGACUGGGAAAAGAGAGAUUUACCUAAAAGCUCGUCCCACAGUGAAUGAGAUUAAACUGGGAGAGGACGGCAGGUUCUAUUUGGAUGCAAAUGGGUUUUAUCCCCAAAAGAUGACAAUUUCAUGGCAACUGAUUCAGGGAAAAGCACAGAAAAAGGUUCUCAGCCCUGAGCCUGAAUAUGUGGAAAAUGCAGAUGGGACGUACAAAGUCAGAAGCACGUGUGAGAUCCCCAUAGAAGUGAAUAGGAAUAUUCUGUAUAUUCUCCGUGCCACUAUACAGCAUGAAACUCUGCCUGAGCCAAUUAGUACUGAGAUAAAGCAAGCUGUACCCCAGAUAGUGGAACCAGUGGAAUUCAUACAGCUGGAAUCAGGGAACGUUCUCUAUUCAGUGCAUUUCCGUCAAUUCUACCCAAAGAAUAUUGUCAUUAAGUGGCUCACUAGAGAUGGUAAAUACCCAAUAAUGAAGCCAACAAAGAAAAUCAUUCAGACGGAUGAAGAAGAAACAUUUGAUGUCGUCAGUAAGUGUGAGAUUCCCGGGAAGUUCCGCCAACAAGAAAUUCGAGUCAUUUGGGAACAUGAAUCCCUGGCGGUGCCUCAGCACAUAGACCUGUGGGUACCAGAGAAAGCGAUUGGAUCAGAACCACUGGGACGACUGGGUCUGGCGCAGGAUCAACAGACAAGAAUAAAUACAGUCAAGAAAACCUCAAAUCUGGCAAAACCUCCAGUUCUGGACAGAAAUGAAAAACAGACUUUCUUUAAGAAAACAUAAGAUCCAGACAAAACCAAAUACAACAUGGGGGGAGAUACACAAGGAGGGAUAUAAGUAAAACCCCACUGAUCCCUGUACCUGAUGGUUGUGUCUCUGUUCAGUAUUAAUGUAAUAAUAUUACCUGUGCGGCGGGGUCGCCCGCCGCGCCAUCGGCGGGGAUGCCCGCCGCGUAGCUCCUUGGCGCCGGAUCCAGAGCCAUCUUGUUUUCUAGGGCGCGCCUCUUACAGGAACAGGCGUGAUUACGUCAGCAUGCAUUCGCCCACGUUUUGGCGAGAAAAUUUUUUGUAUUUAAGGCCCAUUCUGACCCCCAGCCAGUGCCCGUGAUAGAACUUGUUUCUAGUGGUUUCCUGAGCCUUGUGCAUCCGAUCUGUUCC